CUCGUCAAUCUUGAAAUCAUUCGCUUCGAGUACACGACAACUACGUUUGGACAUCUUCUUCCACUUCGAAGGUCAGUAACCAUUUUUCUCUUACACGGAUUCCAGUCUACAGCGUGUCACUGACUUGACUUCUUCGGACAACAGAACACCAUCUCAAACGUCUCACAUUCGUAAUAUCGCGGUAUCACAACUUCCAAGAUGUCUCACUCCACGGAUGCAAGUCUUCCAAAAGUCGUGAGCGAGUUCUCGCUGAACAUCUCGGAUCCGAUCUUGAACAAAUCCAAUGCCGACCUUGAGAUGUCUGACACCAUUAGUCCAGCUGGCGGUGUUGCAGACGGAGAUUGCUCGGUUAUUGGCACAUCAGCGGUGGCUGGAGAGCAAGAAGAUCCUGCGAACAGAUAUGAAGGACCUUUGAAAGCUAGGCUUUAUGCCUUGGACUGCUACAAGGAUUUCAUUGAGAGGUCUGAGAAGUUAUGCUACGGAGAGUACGCCGAUAAGUUGAAGGCACACGUUCUUCUGAUGAGAGUUCAGUUGAAGCUCGGAUUCGAACAGUUGGAGAGUGAACAUCUCGUUCACAAGGACAUCGAGAAGGAGGUGAUUGAAUACUUUAGGCAAAGUAACGCGCCAACUGGAGAGCACACCGAUCCGCUUCUUUAUAAAAUGGUGAGCAGGCAGAUCGAGAAGCUUGAACUAUCAAAGCAGACAGCUGUUUCGCCUUCCGAAGGCAUCUCCCAGUUCUGGAACAUUUUCUACACUGGCCUUCCUGAUCCAAUGAAGUUGCCUCCGGCAAUAAGCGCCCGGGGAGACCGAAUGGAGGAAUGA